AUGGGGACAUCCGCCGGAGGGACAGCGUGCCGCUGCUGCCCCUGUCCGGCCGGACAGGCCUCUCCACCCGCCGCGCCCGCCGGCCAUGCCGCAUCCCGGGCUCCCCAUUGUUCAGUCACAGGGGUAGGCCCCCGGGAGCCCGCGGCGGGGGACGCUCACUGCCCCUCGCCUCCGCGCAGGCGGCUAACCGCGACGACCGCCCCCGGGCCCGCCUCCGCGGAAGAAGAGAGCGAGGCUCCAGCAGGGGACCACUCCAUCCACCACGCACACCACACGGCCGAGCCGGGGGCGCCGGGCCCGGGCUGUUCCUCCACAGCUCGCCCUGCCGAGCGACCUCCAGGGGCGGCGCUUCGGGCUGCAAGCAGCUGA